AAUUCCGUGUGCGUAAAGAAUCAACAAAGUGAAAUGGCUGGUAAUUUUUGGCAAAGUUCUCACUAUCAACAAUGGGUCCUGGAUAAACAAGAUUUAAUGCGAGAACGUCAAGCUGACCUAAAAGUUAUAACCGAAGAUGAAUACCAGAAAGUUAUGAUAUUUUUCUCAAACUUUAUCCAGGCUUUAGGUGAACAGUUGAAAGUUCGACAACAGGUCAUAGCAACUGCAACUAUUUAUUUUAAACGGUUCUAUGCAAGGAAUUCAUUAAAAUGUAUAGAUCCAUGGUUAAUGGCCCCUACGUGUAUUUUUCUAGCUUCAAAAGUUGAGGAAUUUGGUGUAAUAUCAAACAGUAGAUUGAUAACAACUUGUCAAACAGUGGUUAAAAAUAAAUUCCCGCAUGCAUUUAAUGGUGAUUAUCCGUAUAGAAUACAGAAUGUUUUAGAAUGUGAAUUUUAUCUUCUAGAAAUGAUGGAUUGUUGUUUAAUUUUGUACCAACCCUAUCGACCAUUAACUCAGUUCUGUAACGAUUUAAAACCUGAAAAUGAUCUUCUACCUUUAUCAUGGCGUAUUGUAAAUGAUAGUUUAAGAACAGAUGUACCACUAUUAUAUCCACCAUAUUUAAUAGCUAUAGCGUGUUUACACAUGGCAUGUGUUAUAAAACAGAAAGAUGUUAAACAGUGGUUUGCUGAAUUAUCAGUUGAUAUGGAUAAGAUAUUAGAAAUUUCCAGACAAAUAUUAGCUCUGUAUGAAAUGUGGAAAACUUACGAUGAAAAAAAGGAGAUAGCAGGAAUACUUUCAAAAAUUCCGAAACCGAAGUUAAAUCCCUCCAGGGAAGAGGGUAAUAAUAUUAGUAAUAUAGAUACUACUGUUAUUCCUACAUCUCAGGCCGCCAUCAACUGGAGCCAACAACCAGGAAAAUAAUUCCCAGAAUUCCUCAGCCUCUCAAUCAAGUCAACAAACGACUAAACAUUAAUGUAAAGACCAAGUAAAUCGGGAAUUAGGCAAGAGGUCAGGGUCAAUAGAUCAUAAUGUAUCAAUAAUUGAACAGAAGUACACAAGUUAAAGGGAGACAAUUUUCUGGUUGUAAAAGUAGUUCUUAAUGGAAGAUGGUUUCAAAGGCAUUUGUUAAUACACAUGGACACAAUUACUGUUUUAUUUACUGAGCAACAUUUCGACUUGCUUGAUAAAGAAAUGAAAUGAAGUGGGGUUUAAAAUCCUUCUGUUCUGCUCUGACUGGGUCAAUGAAGAAGGGCAUAUGCCAUACAGUGUGCUAUGAGGGAAAUUUUGCCCGGACAGCGGCUUAACAGUCUACUCUUAUAUCGAAUUCAAACUGUGAAAGGAUAUUUUACAUGCGUGUCAGUGACAGGAGGAAAACACAUUGGAAAAUCCCAAUGAACUAUGACCUUUAGAGUAGCGAGCCAGCAUCUUACUCACUUAGCCACCAUGGCUCCCUAGCUUGAUAAAGACUAGAGAAUCCCAGUCGAAACAUCACUCAGUAAUAAACAUUAUGUCCAGUGUAUUGUAUGAAAAUGUUCUGUCAAGGAUAUAAAAAGACUUUUGAUUUCUUAAAUAUGGAAGGUAUUCCCAGUGGCCGUUCCAUUUAAGGGCCCGGCCCCUAACUAAAUAACAUUAUACAAAAUUCAUUUAUUAUUCUGUGUCUUUCUGUGAAACAUGUAAAUUUAUGUUUUUUUGUUGGUUGAAGUCAUGAGAGGGUUGACAAGCUUCUUAUCACCAGGUGGGGGCUUUAUGACCACUUGAGGGGCUCACUAAGACAUGUUGUGGGGUUCUACUCUACUUAAUAAUACAGACAUUCUUUUGUCUGUAAAAGACAUAAUUAUAUAUCUCUUACAUGUAAGUAUGUGUGAAAUUGCAUGUGGGUAUUUACCUGCCUAGUUGCGACUUUGAGAAACUUUAGACAGAAGUUUCAAUUAUGUAAACAAAUAUAGGCCAAUGCAUCCAUUGAAUGAGGUAAUUCAUUACAAGAUGACUUUAGGUCUAAUAAUGGUGGUGUUCUCAAUUUGGAGGCAUUUAUGGAUGUAAAGAUAUACAUGUACACUGUAUACACAGGCCCAAGAACUUUGAAGUGCAGCCAGUAUACAUGGGUACCAUAAAUAUCUAUUCAAUUGUUUUACGUUGGCAUGUUCGAUAUUCGAGCCCAAUCAGAACCCCUACUCUGACUAAGAAGGGUUAAUGUUAGCUACCCUAUCUAUUUAUUAUUCUUGCAAUAGUGUGGGAGGGGGACCCCAGAAUUUGUCUUUUUUCGACAUUAACAAAUUCUUUCGUUGGCCUGGUGUAUACAUGUAUGUAUUUAUAUGUUUGAGGUCAGAAGGGAUCUUUUGAGCAAUGAAAUAAUGGAUAUAGUACAAAUACAGAUUCUUCUUGUCAAUUUAAUUGUAAAUAAUGAAAAAUGUAGUUCUACAUGUAUAUAUAAAUGUGUAUAAAAUACCAAAUUAUAUUGUU